CUCGCUUACAUCGAGUGGUUUAUGCCUUUCAGACAUCCAGACCCUUCCUCUCGAUUGCAACAAGUCUCUCGCUCGACACACCAACUCCGCCGCAAUGCUGCUGUCAUCCAUGUUGAUGAAAUUGUACAACCGUGUCACCUAAUACCAAAGAUGGGACAAUCAGUGGAUACAACAUUGAGAAGUGAAAAUGCAUAUGAGGCAGUAAAUCAUUUUUAUUUUAAUCAAUUCAUUGAUGGCGAGAUGUUUGGUGUGUCCGUCAUAAAUAGUUUGUAG